AUGAAUUGGUAUUUGCUAGUUGCCGACUUUUACUCUCGAUAUCCAGAGGUGUACCAAGUACCAAAUUUACGGUCGACAACCAUCAUCAAUUGCCUAAAGGACAUCUUUAGCCGUCAUGGAAUUCCAGAGGUCAUCAGAUCCGACAACGGAACACAAUUUGACCCAUUACGUACAAGGGAAUUCCAAGCUUUUACAAAAUGUUAUGGAUUUAUGCAUGAAACAUCGUCGCCUCAUUUCCCUCAAAGCAAUGGAUUUAUUGAGGUGAUGGUAAAAACAGUAAAAAGUGGAUUGGAGAAAUCCAAGGACUUUAGCAUAUGGUUAAUGGAAUACCGCGCGACACCAUUAAAGUGCGGUUUUUCCCCCAGCGAAUUAUCCAUGGGGCGGAGAAUUAAGUCUCUCCUCCCCAUAGCAUCAUCUCUACUAGUACCAAAAACGAUAGACCGGAAAGUACUCUUAUCCAGAGAGGAGGAGAGGAUUCGUCGCCAAAAGGAAGAUUUUGACAGACGUCAUCACAAGAUCGAACGCGACAAUUUGGAAACUGGCGAUCGUGUUUGGAUUCGAGAUCUGCGACGUUGGGGCGUUGUGAAAGAACUCGCCAAUCAACCAAGGUCCUACAUCGUGCAGUCGGAUUCAGGGGUGUACCGUCGUAAUAGAAGCCACUUGCAUCGUCUUAGUGCACCCCUUGGAUACUUCCACAUCGGAGAGGAUACAACAAAGAAGGAAGAAUGGUAUACUCCAUCACAGUCUCCAGAGAAGCCGAAGUCAUUUCAACCUGUUGAAAAGCAGAAGAAGACUGUAUCGCCCAGCUCGAAGAAAGAAGAAGAGGCAGCCGAUUCACAUCAUCAAACACCAGCGAAGAGAUAUCCUAUGCGUGACCGUAAGGAAAUUAGCCGGCUGAGCUACGGAAAAUUGGGUGGUUCAGAAUCGUCAACAGCAAGGCAGAGCAAGGAAGCUGAAAGAACGAAGAGAAAGUAA